AGUUGACUUGUUUAUAUUUAUUUGUAUGGCAAUUAUUGAAAUAAAACCAUCCGCAGCAUGUUAAAGCAGUGUCUUAUCAAUGUGGACUUCUCGCGACUGCAUGCAAAUCAGCAGCUGCGCCCAAAAUGCGGCGAGAUAUUUUACGAAAGCGACAACGAGUACUGCAGCUUCCAGUUGGUUUGCUGCCUGUGCGAAAUGAAGCACUUUGCCUUUGAAGAUUUUUCAAUGCACAUACGCAAUGUGCAUUUCGACAGCCAUGGAAAGCCGCGUACACAUGCGGCCACCGCCAUGGCGGAUGCAGACACCAUUGAGGUACAGCAGCAGUUCCAUCUGAUAAAUUCAACACCAAGGCCAAUGUCAGAAUUAAGCGCGAGUGAAUGCAGCGCAGCUUUAUCAGCUAAUGGAUCGGAUGAUGAUGACGACGUCGCUAAAGCAGUGACCAUUAAGCCAUUGCGUGUCUACGCCCUCAAUGAGGUCAAAUUGGAGCCAGCGUCGAUGGAAGCCAAUGAAAAUGCUGAAUGCGAAGACAGUUCCCAUAGUGCAGACGAACUGGACACAGCCACAGAAGAUGCUCAUGGCUUUAGCGAUGCCGAUGACGAUGCUGAUAGCGAAAUGGAAAUGCAGUCUGUUUUUAAGAAAGAACGGCAACCCAAGGAGUACAACUGCGAAUACUGUGCUGGCAAAUACACAACGCUAAAAUACUUAAACAUACACCUUAAAAUGAGCCAUCCGCAUCCGAAGGGCUUUAAGUGCAAUGAUUGUGAUGCCGCAUUCGACGUGGAUCGAGCCCUGGAAACGCAUCGUCGCAAGGUGCAUACAGAGUUUACAUGCAACUUGUGCAACAAGGUCUACAAAAGUUCGCGCACGCUUUUACGCCAUGUCCAAGGCCACUCUGGUCUGCGAAAGUACAAAUGCGAGCACGAGAGCUGCGGCAAAUCCUUUGUCAGCCAGCACAAUCUCACCUCGCAUCGGCGCGUGCACAGCACGGAACGGAACUACAUCUGCGAGCUGUGCGGGUAUCGUUCGCGCUACCGCGAUGCACUAAUUGUUCAUCGACGCACGCAUACCGGCGAGAAACCAUUCAAGUGCCAGACAUGCGAGCGGUGCUUUGCUUCCAAGUCGCUGCUCAAUGAGCAUCAAGCCAUGCACUCAACGGAGCGGCCAUACAAGUGCGAUAAAUGCGAGGCUGCAUUUUCGCGUCCCAAAGCGCUCUACCACCACAAGCAUCUGCAUUUGGGCAUUAAAAAGUUUAAGUGCAAAAUCUGCGGCAACGCUUAUGCCCAGGCAGCUGGUCUCUCGGCGCAUAUGCGCGGCCACAAAGCUCAGGCCGUCAGUGGCAUUGUCGAUGCUGGAUCAGCGAUGUUGUGUCCGCCCUAUUAGUAUACGGAGCGGC